AUGCCCGGAGCCUCCAUUGAUUGGAUAGUUCUGAUUCCAGACCAUGAGAACGCUUUAGAGAAACGAAUGAAGGCAAGACCGUCGCAUUUAGAAGGUCUUCAGCCUCGUAUCAAGUGCGGGGCUUGGGUCAUGGGCGGAGCAACCGUAAGUUCACCCCCCAUUGAGGGCGAACCCAAGCAGUUCAACGGCAGCUGUCUCGUCGCGAGAGCGCAGUCCAAGGAAGAGGUCAUGGAGGAGCUCCGCAAAGAUGUCUAUGCGAAGGAAGGUGUUUGGAAUCUGGAUAAAGCACAAGUCCUACCGCUGAUGACCGCGUUCCCAAACGUGGUAUUCGAAGACUUCCAAUGCAAAUCAUUUGACGGGGGACGAAUACCGGUACGAUUAUAUCGUCAGAAACAGCCGAAGGGCUCUAAACAGCUGCCAGUCUACGUCUGGUAUCACGGUGGAGGAUUCUUGUUCGGCAGCAUAUCUGGGGAAGACGGACACUGCUUCAAGAUCGUCAAUGCAUUCCCUCUCAUCGUCGUCAACGUUUGUUACGGACACACGCCAGAAUUCAGAUGGCCAACACAUGCAGAAGACGCUGCUGCCGCUCUGAACUGGGUCUUGAUUGCCGGUCGAUCGGCCGGUGGACUCCUUGCGGCAGGAGUGGUGAUUCGAGAUCGAGAGAUUCACGGUCGAAACCGAUUUCCACGAGACCUUAUUGCGCCGGGAAAAACAUCAUACGAUGAAAAUCAACGCGCACCGAUCCUCCCCCGCACUCGAAUGGAUUUAUUUGAGCAUUUGGUAGGAGAAGAUGCCAUUUCUGAUCGUCUGUUUAAUAUUCUCUGCAUGAAAGACGAGGAUCUUGCCGGUUCACCUCCGACACACUUCCACAUUGCGGGCCGCGAUAUCUUGCGUGAUCAUGCAUUUUUACUGAAAAGCAAACUGGAAAGGGUGGGAACGAAAACAUCUUUCAACGUCUAUCCAGGUAUGCCUCACGGAUUCCGAAGAUAUGGUGAGUUGGAAGCAAGUAUGCGGUGGGACAGAGAUCAUUUCAGGGCCAUCGAAGAUCUAUUGGAGAUUCAGAUAACACAAGCAUGGGACCUCAGGCAGGUCAUCGAGGGAACACUCUUGAUACUUUGUCUAUUGGAAGCCUUUCCGAAGAUCAAGAACGAAGACACUGGACAUGCUCCUUUACAGAGUACGUAG